UCGUUGUUUGUAAACAUCGAUGUUGAUUCCGCAGUUCGACAUAUCAUAGCGCGCGCUGUUAUGGAAAUGGAUUCGUCUAUUGGUGGGAGCUUAGGAGCAACACAAAGUAGUGCCAAGGGAAGCUCUGCUUCGGCUGAGGGUAUUGCUCCGGUGUUUAUUAAACAAAUUAUUCUAUCGCAAGAAGGAAAUUUCCUAAUGUUUGGGAUGUCGUUUGGAAUGAUAACAUGUGUAGCUGUUGUUCGUUCAAUAGAUAUAUCAUCUACUAAAAUCACCUAUACCCUGGAGGAUCUCUCUGGACAAAUUGAAGCACACUAUUGGUUGGAAGAAGGCGACACUUUGAAGGCUCCUGACGUUAUGCUAAACAAUUACGUCAAACUCUAUGGUAGUGUUCGUACGCAGGGCCAUCAAAAAAUGUUGAUGGUUUUUAAAAUGUUUGCCAUUAUGAAUUCAAACGAAGUUUGUACUCAUGUGUUAGAAGUACUUAAUGCUCGAUAUAAAUCUGAAGAUUUCGCUACGAAGUCCUCUGAUAAAAUAAGUACUAAUAUUGAAGCGAGUGGUCUCAAUCCGAAUAAUAUAGGAGGAAAUAAUUACCUUGGCUUAGAGGGGAAACAGUUGGCUGUUCUUCAAGCUGUUAAGAACAAUAUAACUACGGAAGGUAUUAGCCGGAAAGAAUUGCAGCUAAAAUUUAGUCACAUCAGCGCCAACGAGAUUAACUCCAUAAUCGAGUUUUUGAUUUCUGAAGGCCAUAUAUAUUCCAGUUUUGAUGCUGAUCAUUUUGUAAGUUCAGAGUAAAGCCUGUGAAAUGCAUUUAUUUUAUUGAACCAAUAUAUUUUUAUACGAAUGGAGUUUACUCUGUAUCUUAGUACGAUAAUAAAGUUGUAGCGAUGAUUGUUGACAAGA